AUGUGCACGCCCAUGCGCUCGCCCAUGCGCUCGCUGGCCCCGCUCCGGCUCCGGCUCCGGCCUGCCGGCACCCCCCGCCCGCUCCGGGGCCUCGCCACCGUGUGCUCCCCCUCCCCGGCCGCCACCGCCGCCGCCGUCGCGCCCGCCUUGUCGUCGCCGUCGUCGUCGUCGUCGUUCGCGCUGCCCACCCUCUGCGCGCCCGACCCCGCGGCCGCCCGCGACCCCCGCCACGUCGCCUCCGUCGCCGCCCACCUCGCCGCGUCGGGCAUCCUCCGCGUGCGGCUGGGCUUCGCCGACCCCGCCAGCGCCUACCUGGCCGGCCUGAUCGGCAGCCUCAACGCCCGCCACGGCCACCGGCUGCCCAUCUCGCACAGCGCCUCGCGCGGCUGGUUCUGGGACGUGCGCCCCGCCGGCGCCGGUUCCUCCGCCGGCGCCCCCGGUCCCGCCCUGCAGACCCCCCGCCACCGCGCGCGCUCCGAGACCAUGGGCGACUUCCCCUGGCACACCGACUGCAGCUACGAGUCGCCCACGCCGCGCUACGUCGCCCUCCACGUGCUGCAGCACGACCGCCGCGGCGGCGGCACCUUCUCCGUCAUGAGCGUCGCCCGCCUGGCCGCCCGGCUCAGCCCGCGCGCCCGCGCCGCCCUCGCCGCCGACGACGCCUUCCGCAUCGCCAUCCCCGCCGAGUUCGUCAAGGACCCCGCCCGCACCAGCAUCGUCGGCCGCGUCCUCGCCUGCCGCGCCGGCCGCCCCGUCAUGCGCUACCGCGCCGACAUCUUUUCCCCGCUCGGCGACGAGGCCGCCCGCGCCCUCGACGAGCUCGACGCCAAGCUGCGCGACCCGCAGGUCCACGCCCGCGCCACGCUGCACCUCAGCCCGGCCGAGCUGCCCAGCGGGAGCGUCAUCUUCGUCGACAACUGGCGCUGGCUGCACGCCCGCAACCACGUCGCCGACCCGGAGAGGCAUCUGAGGAGGGUGCGCUGGGACGCCCUCCCCUUUGAGGGGGACGCCGGUCUUGAGGGCUUCGACGGGGUUGAUGCCGUCGGCAGUGUUGGCGGUGCCGAGCGGGGUUUGUAA